UUUGGCCAUCUCUGGCCUUCCGCAGCGCUAAAGCGCAGUUCUAGUUGGUGUAACUUUUUUUUUUUUUCAGCCACUUCCGGCUCCUGCGUCGCUCCGGAAGCCCGCGAGUUCCGGAAGCCUUGGUAAUCUGGAUUCGGCUAGGAAAAGACAAGCUUUCCAGAGAAUGUUUCAGAGAAAGUUACGUGGAGCGUGGGCGUUUCGCAGACUCCUAAGCUUCUGGCAAGUAUGAGGCAAGGAUUUCACAGAAGAACUUGCAGCAGAAAUUCCCACUGCCAUAGCUAUAGGCUGUCCAGUCUUGAGGGAGUUGCAGGAACGGGAAAAAGAGGGCCAAGAAAAAAGAAAAAGAAAUUAAGAAGAAAAAAAGGCAGGGGGAGAAAAGAAAGGCUCUGAGAGACAAGACAGAAAGAAGUUUCAGAGACCUUCAGAGAAGACAUGACUUCCAAAGAAGAGAAUGCAAAGAGUACAAACAGAGUGCUAAGAAUAAGCCAGUUGGAUGCGCUUGAACUAAACAAGGCCUUGGAGCAGCUGGUGUGGUCCCAGUUUACUCAGUGCUUUCAUGGAUUUAAACCUGGGCUAUUAGCUCGCUUUGAACCAGAGGUGAAAGCAUGCUUAUGGCUUUUCUUGUGGCGAUUCACCAUCUACUCCAAAAAUGCCACAGUGGGACAGUCAGUUUUGAAUAUUCAGUACAAAAAUGAUUUUUCCCCUAACCUGAGAUAUCAGCCACCUAGUAAAAAUCAAAAAAUUUGGUAUGCUGUUUGUACAAUUGGUGGGAGGUGGUUAGAAGAACGAUGCUACGAUUUGCUUCGAAACCAUCAUGUAGCAUCAUUUGGGAAAGUCAAGCAGUGUGUGAAUUUUGUGGUUGGACUUUUGAAAUUAGGUGGGCUGAUUAAUUUUUUGAUUUUCCUUCAGAGGGGAAAGUUUGCAACUUUGACAGAACGUCUCCUAGGCAUUCAUUCUGUGUUUUGCAUGCCUCAAAACAUACGUGAAGUUGGCUUUGAAUACAUGAAUAGGGAACUUCUCUGGCAUGGUUUUGCUGAAUUUCUGAUUUUUCUCUUACCACUUAUCAAUGUUCAGAAGUUGAAAGCCAAGCUAUCUUCGUGGUGCAUCCCUCUUACUGGCACACCUAAUAGUGACAAUAUAUUAGCCACCAGUGGCAAAGAAUGUUCUCUGUGUGGAGAGUGGCCCACCUUGCCUCACACCAUAGGAUGUGAGCAUAUCUUCUGUUAUUUCUGUGCUAAGAGUAGUUUCUUAUUUGACAUGUACUUUACUUGUCCUAAAUGUGGCACAGAAGUACACAGCCUGCAGCCACUGAAAUCAGGAAUUGAGAUGUCAGAAGUAAAUGCUCUUUAGAAACUAAAAUUGCUUCCUCUGAGGGAAAAAGAUACACUGUUUAAAUUCUUAAUAUUAGUCAUCCUAAGUAUACCAUUUAUGUAUCCUUUAUAACGAAUGUGCUGCAUAGCCACUGUCUUCUGCUCCUUUCCAGGCAUGACUAAAUUCUAAUCACUAGAAACCAUGUGAUUCUAAAUAUAUUAUGUAAAUGUUAAUGUAUUAUGUUUUUUUUAAAUCAUUUCAUUCAAUUUUUAAUGUCAAGAAUAAUGGACUGCUUUUGUUAGGUGACUACGGACAAUGCUCCUUCAUUUUACUACUUCUUAAAAAGAGGUUGGACUUAAAAAUAAAGAUUUUGGAGACUCUGGGA